CACACCGCGGGUGUCCCCUCCACCGGCCCGCCUUCCGGCACGGCGUCCGGCACCGCACCCCGAAGGCGCACCGACGGAAGGGGGAGGAGCUAUGAUCAGAUGAGUGUAUCUACAGAGUGCACUUUCCGGACAGAGUCGGACUGGGACCCUCAUGAUGAAUCCAGCUCUAUGAUCAGUUUCGACAUGACUGAGCCAAACAACCCCCUCUCCCCCUCCAGGUCCUUUAAGAGCUCAGAAGAGAAGAAAGGCGUGUUGGACCGCAUCAGCAAUUUCUUCAAUACCAAGAGAAAGAGAAACCCAACGAGGCAGUCAUUGGAUGCCUCCAGCGAUGCAUCUCAGUCGGACAGCAGCACCCCGGUCUCCCCUUUGUCUCCUCACCCCCACCAACCUCUAGGGGAAGAUGAGUCUAACACUCCGACUACUUCCCGAAGACACAUUGAUGUAACCGGACCAGUUGUGACAAAGUUACCCUCCCGGGAGGGGGCAAAUCAUGGCAUCAGCUCCAGCCCAAGUGUCACAAGCCUGGCGUCUCUCUUGAUGGACAAGGGAGAGCUUCCAUUUGCACACAGUGACAGCUCUAGCAGAAGCAGCGUGAGGGAAGUGACAGUGUGCAGGGUGAGCUCCGCCAAAGACAGGAAUUCUGGAGAUGAGACUCCCACCCCUACUGACUUCCCAGCCUCCUCAUCUCCGAAUGCUGCUUUGAACCCAGAACCUGGUUUUGUAGAGUCUGUGGUGUGUGAGGUAAGCAGGAGGCUGCAGGUCGAUCUGGAGAAAAACAUCUUACAGAGGGAAGCGGUUCCUGAAAAGGAAAUUGAUGCAGAACACACCAACCCAAAACCACUCGAUAGCCCCCCAUCGAAGGCAUGUGAAGCCCCGAAAUCACGCAACCUCCUCUCAAUUAUCUUCAAAUCCAAGACCUCUCUGAAACUUGGAGAAAAAGGGAAAAGCACAGCUCAGGUGGGGGAGACAUCAGUUACCCAUUCUUCCUCUUCCCCCAACUCAGCUCCUCCCAUCCAGCCUAAGGAUUCUGCAGAUAUGGAGAGGAUAAACUCAGGAUCCAUGAAAAGGGCGUUGAAUUUGGCCAGCAAAACUGUACCUGCUGUUUGCAGCACACCAACUGAUAGAGAAGAACAAUCCAGGGGCACUUUUCCUGCAGAAAUUCACAAAGCAAUAUGGGUGGAAACACACCUGGACAAAGAGGAGGGUGAGAGUGAGAGGGACGGAAAGGGAGAAAAGGAGGAGGAGGGCUUCAGAGCAGACUCACCUCCCGUGCUGGCCGUACCUGCCACAGUGAUUCCCGUGGAGGGUUCAGUCACUGACUACACUCUGGAUAGUCCUUUCACCGCCUCGGAGACCUUUGCAACUAUUGGAAGGGAGCCAGCGUUGGCCAUCUCCACGGCAGCGACUUCUGGGGAGUUUCAAACAAAGGCUUUCAACAGUGCAGACCUGCCGCAGCCGGAGACAGUUUUUGCCAAGAAGGUGUAUGUGUGCCCAGAGCUGAAUGUGGACGAGGAUGAAAAAGCAGAGAUAGACCCAGGGUGGGUCAGCGGCAGCAACACUUUGACUUCAAAAACUUCUGAGGAAGCAAAGGUUUUACUAAAACCAGCCUUCAAAAACAUAAGUGUAGCGCUAGAGGAACCAAAACAUGAACCUUUCCUUACAACAGAUGACUUCACAGGCUCUGACACAGACAACCAUGUGCCUUUAGCCACAGAAGAUUCACCAAAGGUGGAUUCUGAGAACUUUGACCUCAAUAACGUCUCAGCAACCUUAGACAUGCCUCGUCACAAACCAAAGCUGCAAGUCAAGGAGUCAGGGGUGAUAAGCCAGGGGACUACCCAGACCACGCCUCCUAAACAAGGGCCUAAAACAUCAGUGGAGCAUAGGUCGACCACAGCAAGUCAAGCAAAGAGCCCAUCGACAACAGCUGGAACUAAGGUAAAAAAUAUCCCAGCAGCAAAAGGGAAGGUUUUUACUGAGAGCACAAAAGUGGCAACUUCCAGUGAUGCUCAGCGGCAAAAGGAACAUAAAGAUGAGAAAAUGGUUUCAUCAUCACUCAAAAUAAAAGACAACGCCAUUCCAGGAAAUACCAGUCGGUCAUCUGGUGCAGGCAGUUCAAAGUCUAGAAUUCCCACAAAGUCACCAACAGAUACAGACACGAAAUCACCAGUGGCACCAGAUAAAAACUCAGUUGCGGAUGUGUCUGGGUCAGUAGUCAGUUCAAAAACACAGAAACAACCUAAAUCCAAAGACUCACUGAAAGAUCCAACUGAUGCAAGCCAAGUUGGCAGGAAACCUGGUUUUGAUGAAGGCAAAGGGGGGAAACCUGUUUCUGGGGAAAUUUCCACCACCAAAGCACCAUCCAGGGCAAUAGCAAAGCUUGCCAAAGAAAAGGAGAGGGAGGACAUUAACUCUUUGAAACUGGUCAAUGGACUGGAGAAAACUCAAGAGAAGAGUAAAAAAAUAACCCAACCAAAUGACAGAGAAAACCAGGAUGUCAAAAAGCAAGGUCAGACACCUAUAGAGAGCAACGUGUCCUUGAUACCAAAGAGGCGUUUGCCCAUUUCAUCUCCUACAAGGAAUAGGAAUGACAGAGCACCUCAAACAAGUGGUACUGAUAGUAAAAAGAUUCCUGCCGGUCAAGCAGAAAAAUUUAUGAGCUCUAAAUUAUUCAGGCCAACAAGUCCAGAGCAGCAAGAAUGUACAAGUCCUUCGGAAGAGCUUGCUGGCAAGAUACUUCCCUGUGAUUCUGAAGUUCCUGGGAAAGAAACUAAGCUGUGCAAACCGCUCACCAAAGGGAGCGUUAGCCAUGAGGAGAAUGACAUGCCCACCUGCCACUCUCCACAUCCCCCUAAACCAGAGAAACCAGCCUCAUUAAAGCUUGGGAAACAGAGUGACAUCUCAUCAACCACCAAUAAACAAAGCCAAAAAAGUCCUUUGAAGGAUUCAAACAAUCCCUCAUCUUCUAUAAGUAAGCUUCCCAUGCGGCACCAGAAAAGGCCUAAUAAGGGUUUAGAGAGCUCAUUGAACAAAGAGCCUCAUUCACAGAGGAAGAAUUUGGCAGAAGUAUCUGAAAGACUCAAGAAAGGCGCAAAAGAAAAUGAAAAAUGCAAUAAGGAGUCAAUGGAAAGCACUGACUCCAAGACCAUGAUCAUUAAAGGAGAAAAGAAAGGGGUCAGCAAACCAGAGAUCCAUCAUCUGAGGACUUUUGAUCGAUCACCAGAGGCCAAAUGUCUGAACUGUGACCCAGAGCAGGAACUACAGACAGUAGACACAAAAUCCCUCAAAGAGAAGAUGAUGGAGAUCAAGAUGGAAAGGAGGCUACAAAAUCAGAGAAGCCGUCUGAUCCAUCACUAG